CAGAAGGAAACCGAAGGAAACAGUCGAUACAUGGAAAAUGAUAAAUCUUACAAAUGUUUUUUGUUUUUGAUUAAAAGUUGAUAUACAAUUAUGUUUACAGUUCUUUUUCAGUGUUUCCUAUUCACCAGCCUAAUUCUUUGUAGCCAUGGAUUUUAUGUACCCGGUGUUGCCCCGGUCGAGUUCAAAAAAGGCCAAAGAAUUGAACUUAAAGCUGUUAAAAUGACGAGUAUACAUACACAACUUCCAUAUGAAUAUUAUUCCUUGCCCCUAUGCUUACCAAAAAAUGGUACAUUUGUAUACAAAUCAGAAAAUCUGGGCGAAGUUUUACGGGGUGACCGUAUUGUUAAUACCCCGUAUGAAGUUCAUAUGGCUGAAAACAUUAAAUGUAGAUUAUUAUGCCAUCAAAAGAACAAUCCAAUCAACUGGAGUGUAGAAGAAUCUGAAAAGGUUGCAAGUCGUAUUGAACAUGAAUAUUUUGUGCAUUUGUAAGUUAAAAUGUUUAACUAUUUCAGUUUUUAUUUCUACCGACACAUAUUAUCACAGAUACUAAGAAGCCGCUUUGGGAAAGUGCUUUUUAGGUGCAUUAAUUCUCUCUUAUGGAGAUCUUGGUCAGGGUUAUGUUGGUUCGAGUUUUGUUAUACCAGUUAUACAGUUUCACCAGAUAUAUUUGUUCUUUAUUUUUUGUUUUUGCAAUGUAUGACACAUUGUAGAUAAUAAGUUGGUGUAAUAGCAGUAGCCUAACAAAAUAUCCCCUAAAGUGUAAGAUUUUUAUACACUUUAUUUUGUUUCCAUAAUCACUGCUUUCUAUUAAACUUUUUUAUUAUUAGGAGUGUCACACACCAUCGUCGCCACCAUUGUUAGGCUACUGCUACUGCAACCAACCUAUUCGAUGUGUCAUACAAUGCAUUGACAAAAAAUUAAGAAUAAAUAGGCUGAUUGAUAAUUUACCAGUAGCAACAAGAGUUAUAAAUGUUGAAACUGGUGAGAGAACUAUCGAGCAAGGUUAUCGACUUGGAUUUAUGUCUAAGGGAAAGGCAUACAUCAAUAAUCAUCUUAAAUUAUUGUUGAAGUACCAUAAACAUAGUCAAGACUCAUACAGAGUGGUGGGUUUUGAAGUUGAGACAUUUUCUAUAGAUAGAGAUGAACUCACAUUCCUAGAUGAUUUUGGAUGUCAGUUUUCAUCCAAUCUUAAACCUCAAUUGGUCAAUGAAGAUACUGGCACUAAACUUUAUUUCACAUACUCAGUAGAAUGGGGUGAAUCUGACAUAAGUUGGGCAUCCAGAUGGGAUAUAUAUUUAGGCAUGAAAGAUGUGCAAAUUCAUUGGUUCUCCAUAGUAAACUCAAUUGUUGUCCUAUUUUUCCUGUCAGGUAUCUUGACAAUGAUUAUGGUGAGAACUUUGAGAAGGGAUAUUGCACGUUAUAAUUCUGAUGAAAGCAUUGAUGACAUGAUGGAAGAAACUGGAUGGAAAUUAGUUCAUGGUGAUGUCUUCCGCCCACCUCCUAAGAGGAUGCUUUUCGCAGCUGUGAUUGGAAGUGGAAUCCAAGUAUUUCUGAUGACUCUUAUAACGAUUUUCGUAGCUAUGCUGGGCAUGUUAUCACCUGCUAGCCGUGGUGCAUUAAUGACUGCUGCUAUAUUCUUGUAUGUGUUCAUGGGCCUUGUCGCUGGCUACUACUCGGCCCGCCUAUAUACCACAAUGAAAGGGAAACAAUGGAAGCAAGCUGCAUUCCUUACAGCCACAAUAUAUCCUGCGAUUGUAUUUGGAACUUGCUUCUUUUUAAAUUUCUUCAUAAUGGGAAAACAUUCCAGUGGAGCAGUUCCAUUUUCAACUAUGAUGGCUCUAUUAUGUCUGUGGUUUUGUAUAUCUUUGCCACUCGUCUAUUUAGGGUAUUAUUUUGGCAUUCGAAAACAGCCUUUCCAACAUCCAGUUAGGACAAACUUUAUCCCCAGAAAAGUCCCUGAGCAAGUUUGGUACAUGAAUGUAUUUAUAUGUAUAUUGAUGGCCGGUAUUCUUCCAUUUGGAGCUGUUUUCAUCGAAUUGUUCUUCAUAUUUAAUGCAUUAUGGGAAAACCAAUUCUAUUACUUAUUUGGAUUCCUAUUUCUCGUGUUUUGCAUUUUGAUGAUAUCAGUCUCACAAAUUUCCAUUGUGAUGGUAUAUUUUCAACUUUGUGGUGAGGACUAUCACUGGUGGUGGAAAAGCUUUAUUGUGUCUGGCGGAUCAGCCGUAUACAUUCUGAUAUAUUCAAUAUUUUAUUUCCUCACUAAGCUGGAAAUAACUGAAUUUAUACCAACUCUUCUCUACAUUGGCUACACAGGACUCAUGGUGUUAACCUUUUGGCUUUUAACUGGCACAAUGGGAUUCUUUGCGGCAUACACGUUUAUAAGAAAAAUUUAUGGCGCAGUUAAAAUUGAUUAGAUUUACACUUACUCAACUUGGAGAAUCAACACAUCAUAUUUAUUUUGGUUGUUUUUCAGACUAACGGACAAUGUACCUACACGAAUGGUGUUUAUCAAUAUAGUGUGUAAAUAAGUUUAUCACAUAAUGCAUUUUAUGAUAAUUAAUAUUGUAAUUAUUAAGUUUAGCCUUUAAAUAUUUUUCAUGAGCGCAUCGCAAAGAGCGAUGAUUAAUAUUGUAAUUAUUAAGUUAAGCCUUUUAAUAUUUUUCAUGAGCGUAUCGCAAAGAUCUCGUCCUGGAAUUAGAAUAGACAAUAAAGCAGGAAGUGUGAUUAUUAUUUGUUUUAAUUUCACAGACUCCGUUUAAUAUCA